AUGGGGAGUGUAGUAACGAUUGCAGGAGCCUUACUGGUGGUUCUGUACAAAGGCCCGAUGCUGAUAAAGAGCCCUGCAUCCCCAUCUUUAGGUUUUGCUUUUGCACAACAGCCAGCAGUAGGAACGAUUAUAACCGGCACCCAACAAUCAGAUUGGGUCAAAGGUGGUGCCCUCCUUGCUGCUAAAUAUGUAUUAGGCUCCCUUUGGUAUAUUUAUCAGGCUAAGGUUGUUGCGAAGUAUCCAGCAGAACUGCUUGUGGUCUUCUUCUACAACCUAUCAUGUGUGAUCAUAGCAGCACCUGUUUGCUUAAUCGAGGUACCAAAUUCAAGUGCAUGGAAUAUGUUAAAACAUGAUGUGCGGUUGUACUCGAUAUUGUAUGCAGGAUUACUAAAUUCAGGGUUCGGUAUUCUAGUUCAUACUUGGGGCUUACACGUAAAGGGACCUGUAUAUGUAGCUCUAUUUAGGCCAUUAUCAAUUGCCAUUGCUGCAGCAAUGGGAUUCAUUUUUCUUGGCGAUAAUCUCUACCUUGGAAGCUUGAUUGGAUCCCUGAUCAUAUCUUUUGGGUUUUACGUUCUGAUAUGGGCAAGAGCACAAGAAACCAACGGAGAUAUAUCACAGAGAGGUGCUAAGUUCAGUGAAUCUUCCACCGAAAGUGCUCCACUGUUAGAAGAAUACAAUGAUUCAACAAACGAAGAAGAACAUGAGCCUGGUACUGCUGCUUAA